GUUACAAUAAGAAAUUCAUUCAACAGAUACAUCUAUGUGAUAAAAUGAAAUUGAGAGUUAAAACCAGAUGAAAUCAAGAACAUCCUAAAAUGAGCAAGCUGUGAAAAUAAUGACUAGCAUGAUUUUUAGUAAAGAAAUUCAUUCGAAUGCCACUUGACACAACAAUUACAUCUUGAAGAACAGAAACAAGUGUUGACUGUCAAUUUUUCCUCCAAGCAAAAUUCCAAAUCAAACCAACCAAUCUAGGACGUUUUCAGGAGAUAAACGGUUUCCAAAUCGUUAGUAUUUGAAGUCCUCGUCUCAUAUCUAUGUAAAGCACAACGUCUAGGCAUCUGGCAAGAUCCAACAGUGACAUUAAAUGCAAAGGCAAAAUGACAAAGCUACGUGGAUCAAGAGAUGAUGCAACUAUGGUGACAGGAAAAUGUCAUCAAUCUUGAUUUGCCAUGUAUUGGAGAUAAUGAGCCACCUUUUGGAACUUGAGUAUUUGCAAGAGUGUUUUCAAUCAGUUUUUUAGGACACAGGUCUAAGACUUCAUGUUCCUUUUGUAAUUGUAAUAUCAAGUUAUCAAGGUUAUUUCAGUAAAGUUGAUAAUACACAAGAAUAUUCUAAGGUCCAGCUUUGCUAGUUUGAAUCUUUGUUUCUAAAGAUUGUUUAUGCAAGUUUUAACCUUUAGCACCGAGUCUAGAUAGAAUGAUCACUCUUCAAGAAGCGAAGGAUAAAUCAGAAUCUAACUGGCUUUUUGGUUCCGUUCAUAGAUCAAUUUUACCUCUCUAAGAAGCAUUCUGAUCAAAGUCAAUAAAAAUUUCAAGUAACAGGCUUGUCAGUUUCAAGGUUUGAAAGAUACAAACUUUCCUCACGCGCGAUGCUUAAGUUCCCUUGGUAUAACACCCUAACGAUUCUAGAAGCGAUUUCUGGAGAAACUUUUGGUUUUGCUAAAAUUUAUACACUAGUUUCCGAUUCUUUUAUAAAGUCACCACCUCCUUGCUUCCCAAAAGCCUAGGAUUUUCUAAGAUUGUUUCAGCUGAACGCACUUGUGCCCCAUCACUUUAUGAGACGAUGGGAGAAACACAGUCAACUCAUAAAGGACAAUCUGUUUCUUUUCUAUGAAAAAAAUUCACAUCCUUGGACAUUUGUUUGAGGCAUAUAGCAAACAUGACUGCUAUUAAAGAAACUUAGGUAGAAUCUUAUUACAGAAUAUCCAUCGGCAAAAACAAUAAGAAGUCAGUAAAGAGUCUUUCCUAUAUGAUCCAGGAUCUUUUAUUUCAGAGGUUCAGAAAAUGGUACAAGCACUCUGAAUUUCAACAAAGAGAACACAUGCCUCAAUAGAGACACAUGGCCUGUACACGCAAAAGAAUCAACAAAUACAAAAAUGUGUAUACCGUAAUUUACUACAUGCUAUACUUCGUAGGUGAUCUUGAAGUUCUCAUGGGUUCCAGAAUAACUAGCGACUUGGUCACAAAACAACAGUAAAACAACACAUAUCGACUAUGAUACAGCUGAGGCAAAUGACACCAAAGGCAGCAACCGAAAGAAAUUAUCUAAAAUGCCUCUAGUUGGAAUUUAUAUAAGCACUCAAUUCAUACACACGAGGGACUACACAUCAGGUAAGACAUGAGACGUUUUAAAAAAAAAAACAGCAAAGUAAUCACGGGGAAGUUCUGACAGUAAGACCCCAAUAUCUACUAAAGAAUUUGAGAUAAGCCAAAAUUCUAUGAUCGAUAAGAAUUUUCAGCAAUCAAACUAUUUAGGUUCCAAUAAGAAAAUGAAAAUGCAACAUUGGUAGCAGUAAGACAUGGAAAGUAGCUAAAACACAACUAAGGAAUCACAUGGAAGUUCUGACUGAAGGACCCCAAUGUCUACCAAAGAAUUUAAGAUAAACACAAAGUUCUAUCAUCAACUACAAAUUUCUUCACACAAACUAUUUAGGUUCCAAAAACAUAAUGUACGGAUAGUUAAUCUGGAUUUCUUUGUUUUACAAUCUCAAAACUAUUCCAUCAAAAUCACUGCUCUAUAUCUGUUAUGUUCCAAGAGUCCAUUACAAAGUUUUGAGAGAAUGAAAGAAGUUUGGAAAAGUGGGUGAAUAGCAAUAGUUAGAACUGCUUCGCCAACUAAAAGCGAGGCACAUUGCCACUAAAAUCUUCCUAAAACUUGAAACACAUCGACUGCAACAGUCCAACCUUGGCUAAGCAACAAAAUAGGUGAUACUGAAAGUCUAAGAUCAUGUGCGAAAGGCUUCUGAUCAACAAAAAGAACCAAGCAUAGAGAAUGAGGGGGACAGUAUGCAUCCAUAUUACACGAAUUUCACAAACAUCUCUAUGAAAUUACUAACUCAGCUGAAAGUAAUUUCACAAUCUCUUCAAUUAUAAAGUGCAGAAUCUACAUAUAACACAGCAGAUUAUAAGACAAAGAUGAAUACACUCACUUGGACACAGAGCAUUCCUCAAGUUGUUUCGUAUUCCCAGUCAUUGCAUUUACCUCUGCAUCCACAGAAAAACAUAUCAGUUUUACUCAACAGCGGGCACCAAAAACUAAACCAACCCAAUUCAAUAAAAGGGGUUUUCUAAAAAAAAGUGAUUGAAUUUAUUUACUGACUGGUGGUUUUGUGGGCUCGGAGGGCAGAGACAGUGAGGAGCUGUGGGAACUGAGAAACGGUGAUUAAUUUUCCGUUCCGAUUUCAGUUCAGGGAUGUGUAUUUUUAAGUUUUAUAAGUUGACUUAUCCGUCUGGUUUUUUGACCGGCUUAACUCUGGGUAAAAUGUAAUUAACCCAAAACAAAAAUGAGGGAAAAACCCAGGCUGACCAAGAUGGUUAAUGUUGGUCUAUACUUUACAUGUGGUAUAAACUAAGUUAUAAAAUAAAUAAAUAAAUACAUAUCACAAUCCUAGAAUAAGAAGACAAUUUGGUUGGGAAUCAAAUAUGACAAUUCCAGAGGCCAGCCGGCAGCAUUUUGCUUUUUUUUUUUUUUUUUUUUUUUUUAAGUUUUGAAUGUAACCAUCUAGUUCUAGUCUACAAAUAAGCCAUUCCCCAGGAAGAAUUUAUGGGAACCGAUAGUCUUUCAGGUGUUAAUUGACCCAUCUUUCUACUGAUUCUUGAUUGAAGUUGUUGGUGGUUUCAAGGGUAGGGAGAAAAGCUCUUCUCAGGAUUGUGUUUUGAGGGAAAAUCUGUUCUGUGAAAUGGAGACAGAUAAGAGCUAUGGAGCUCAUGUUGUGCUGGUACCUUAUCAUGGCCAAGGCCAUAUUAAUCCAAUGGUGCAAUUUGCUAAAAGGUUGGCCUCAAAAGGAAUCAAAAUCACCAUAGCUACCAUAUCAUCAAAAGCUCAAAUCUUGUCACAAGCUUCUGGUUCAUUCACAGUUGCGACAAUAUAUGAUGAUGAUACUGAAGGCGGUGUUGCAGGACCAGGGGGAUUCAGAGGUUUUCUUGACAGAUUUGAGGCAAUCGGCUCGAAAAAUUUGAUUGAACUAAUAGAGAAGCACAAUGUUUCUGAGCAUCCUGUUAGAUGUUUAGUGCAUGAUGCUGACAUGAUGUGGGCUUCAACAGUUGCAGCUAAGCUAAAGAUUCCAAGGGCUGCAUUUUUUACACAGUCAUGUGCUGCCAUUGGAACCUACUACCCAAUGCACUGUGAUAUAGCAGGAAAAGAAGUUCCUCUUCCAGCUUUUACAGUAUCAGGAUUGCCUAAACUCAGGACUCCUCAUUUGCCGUCGCUUGGUUCUGAUACCGGGCGAUAUUCACCAUUGAUGAUGCACAUAUUGAGGCAAUUUGAUAGCAUUGACUCCGCAGAUUGGGUCCUCUUUAACUCAUUCGAUAAGCUGGAAGAAGAGGUCAUUAGAUGGUUGUCCAGAGUGUGGCGUGUGAGAACUAUUGGACCGACAGUUCCAUCUGCUUAUCUAGACAAACGAGUUGAAACAGAUGUUGAUUAUGUUUUCAACAUUCAUAAUCCAAAAACCGACACCUGUUUGAACUGGCUAAACAAACAAAAGAUGGGUUCGGUUGUUUACAUUUCAUAUGGAAGUGUUACAACAUUGAGUGUAGAACAAAUUGCUGAGAUAGCUGAAACCCUUAGGCGCAACAGCUAUAACUUCCUGUGGGUAGUGAAACCAAGUGAAGAAAGCAAGCUCCCAAGUAAUUGUAGGGAGGAAAAUUCAGAUAAAGGCUUAGUGGUGACCUGGUGCCCCCAGCUAGAAGUUCUGGCUCAUGAUUCUGUGGGUUGUUUCGUGUCACAUUGUGGUUGGAAUUCGACGAUGGAAGCCAUAAGUUUUGGUGUGCCUGUGGUGGCAAUUCCGCAAUUUCUUGACCAAAUAAUUAAUGCACAUUUAGUUGAACAUGUUUGGAGAGUUGGGGUAGUCUGUAAGGCAGAUGAAUCAAAUGGUUUUAUUUGCGGCGAAGAACUUGAAAGAUCGAUCAAAGAAGUAAUGAAUGGGAGUAAAGGAGAAGAGAUCAGAAAGAAUGCAAGAUAUUGGAAGGAAUUGGCUAAGGAAGCAGUAAGUGAAAAUGGAAGCUCAGAUAAAUGUAUUGACGAAAUGGUUGUGGAGCUUGUUAAACCUUUAUGUUGAACUAUUUUUCCUGGAAUUUGUACUGCUAAACUCACAAACUAAUCAUAUACUAAUAAUUUCUCUAUUUUCACCCAUUUGUUUUCUUACCAGAAUUGCAUUGAUCCUCCCUAAACACUUGAUAUGGAGAUGUAGACAUCUUUUGUCCCUUGUCCAAAUGGAAUCCAGAGAGAAAUACCGAACCUGAUCAUUUUUCCCACUUUGGAACUGUAUGUUUUUGAAACUGAAACUGCAAGGUCAUUAACAGAUCCUGCAAUAUUGUGAAUGUCCCCAAUACUGUAUCCAUAAUGCUAUGACCCAUCAGCGUUUUAGCCUACCUCCUCCUCCCACUCCCCAUGAUCAAGAUUUUUUCAACAGCAAAGGAAUUGCGGGUUUUACCAUUCAAGUCGAUGAAGAAACUGGAAUUUUGGCUAGUGUUAUAGAGUCAUUUCAGUUAUUGAUGCCAAAGUCAGCAAUUCCCUCAUCCUGCCAAUGUUCUCCUCUGAAACAGAAAAGUGGAGAUGCUUUAGAGUGAAAAUCUGAAAAUCCAGUUAAGUUUUAAGUUCCGUAACAGACCCGUUGUUCUAGAUAACACUCUUUACUGGACUGAUCCUUUCCGGGGCAGAAUUCCCAGUUAUGAUCCUUACAACAACCCAAAUAAGUUUUGUAUUAUUGACCUUUCCAACUCAUGACGACACGGAUGGAUCUAUAGAUAAGUAAUCAUCUCAAGUAUGUUGAAAGCAUUGUGGACAAAACUGGGAUUUGGACAAGUUUUAGAAUAUGGGUGCUUGAGGAAAACCAUGGUUGGCGUCUUCCAACGAAAGGUUACCAUUGACGAUUUUGUUGUUCCUGAUUUUCUUCACCAGGAUUUUAAGAUGCUUGUCAGAUUCGUUUCGUUCCAUCCAUCCAUUGGAUGAAUGGAUCGUGUAUUUGGAUUUGGGGAAAGAUAAGGAAUUAGUAUCGUGUAAUGUUCAAACUAAGAAACUGGAACCAGUUGAUCCAUGGGGUUCGAGGCUUAACGUACGAUUACCUGAAGACUGGUUGCUUGUUAAGUUUCCUCUUUGGCCCAUCUUCAUUCCGCCUUCUUUUAUGUGGAAGAGUGCGUCUUUUAUAUGUGAGAGUGCUUAUGAUCAAUGAUACCAUAUUUGCCAAAGUUUUUAUAAAUGUAUUCAUUAAUUUAUUUUAGUAUUGGAAUUAAAUGGUUGGAUAAUGGUUCGUAC